AUGGCGCCGGACAAUAAGCGGAUUGAAUUGAUUCGAAUGUCGCAACAGGCGGCUAUACGGAAUCCUGAGGAUGAUUGGACGGGUACUACAGAUCGGGCUGAACGGAGAAAGUUACAGAAUCGCCUCAACCAAAGAACAUAUCGGAUGCGCCAGAUCAUCAAAAACGCUGAGGACAAAGCGCAGCUCCACAGCAACAAAGCCGUAGCUGUACCACCGAACUCCACUUCUAUUCGAAUAGACACAGACGAAAAGGGAUUUACAUGCAGUAUCGCGCCCCCUGGGUUGCACUCAUUGAUGCGUCAGUUCGAGUCGCUAGCAUUAGAAAGCUACAUUCGCAAUUCUCCUAACAUCGACCACCUCCUCUCCCUCUCCAAGUUAAAUAUCCAACGUGCGAUCAUCGAUAAUACACGCUCCAUUGGCAUGACAAUGGAAUGGAUGGCGCAUGACGAUGCGAUCUCCAUUUUCAAUGCCCCAAUACCUGGCUUCUCGGAAUCUUCAAUACCCGCGAGUCUUCGACCAACAGAAUGCCAACGGCGUGUCCCUCAUCACCCCUGGCUUGAUUUCUUUCCCUUUCACAACAUGCGUGAUAAUCUUAUAGCCGUUCAAGACUUUAUCGAUGAUGAUGACUUGUGUCAUGAUCUCAUGGCGUUCUGGGAUACGAGAAAUACCGGCGCUACUUUACUAGUGUGGGGUCCUUCUUGGGAGCCGGAGAAUUGGGAAGUCACGCCGGCGUUCCUAUUGAAGUGGGGAUUCUUGCUGAAAGGCUGUGAGGAAUUAAUAAUGAAUACUAAUCGCUGGAGAGCGAAGAGGGGCGAGAAACCUCUCGAUUGGAAAACAACGUUCGCUUCAAUAUACCGAUCGCCUAGUGAGUAG